AGGUACUCGUUGAUAUAGCCGAAGCGUUGGGAAAUGAUGAAAAGGUUGCUGAAUUAGGCCGAGCAUUGUGUUUUCCUACAGCAGCAUUAGAUAGAUACACGGAAAUGAAUAGGAGAGGGGACCGGAUUACCUUUAAAGGUACACAAGAUAUGCUUUUUGACUGGCGGCAGAAAAUCUCCCCCAGCGAUCAGCAUCAGAAGCUCAAAGAAGCCCUCAUCAAGGCCAAUCUUGUAGAGCUUAGUGACAACUUUCUCAAAGAGGUACCCAAACCCGAAGGGAACCCAAAUGCCGACCGUCAGGAAAUUAGAGCUCCAAACCGCAGGAUUACGGAUAAAACUAUUGAAGCUGAUGUUGUUGAAUUGCGUGACUACGAAUUUCGGUUGCCAACCGAAAGUCUGGAUGGGAAGGUGGUAGGUUAUCUUGCCUUUCUUCCUCUGAGCAUGCCAAAUUCAAGGAAGCCUGUUCUCAACUUGGUCAUCUAUGACAAUUUACCAGGAUUCAAGAAGAGUCUAUGUGAAGAAAUGGAUGCAAAGGGACGUAUCAGCCGAGAUAUCGAGAGACUCUUUUUUAUCGAAUCUUCUAAUCACAACAGCCUGGAGGUAUCAUGUAGUAUGGAUGAAACAGAUGAUGAUUUGAGAGAGACUCUCUACUUCUGGGAUCUGCAUGAUUUCGGACGGAAUGUCCUGGACUUCACGUUAGAUUGUAAUCACUUAUCAACAAAUGACAGCAAUGUGAAAGUAACGCUAACACACGGAAAGAGAAGACGCAACAGCAUCUUUGUUGUCGAUAUGAAAGGUAACGCAACAAAAACAGCAUGGGGAGACGAUUAA